GCAACUAUCGUCCAUCCCUAACUCACACGUACACACAAUUUCGUCGUGAUUUCUAUUUUAUUUGUUUCAAAUUACAAUCAAAAACGAAACAAACCGCGAUCGAAACCGCUGGCCACAAUGUCUAUUUCGUGCUUAACCGUGCGCGAGCUCUCCCAUUAAACGGAAGCGACGGCGGCCACCGUUUUAAGCGUUUUCCGACCGGGAGUGGGAUCGGAAAAUCGGCAGCUGGGCAAGCCAUCAGUCCACAGCAAAAUUGGGAUAUAUUUAGGAAUAUAGUUGCACAUACCAUAUUAAUUCGGGGCCAGUAAAAUGGAGCGGCGCGUCAAACUGAAGACGAUCAAUCCGCACAUCACGUGCAAAAUCUGCGGGGGCUACUUCAUCGACGCCACCACAGUGACGGAGUGUCUGCACACAUUCUGUAAGAGCUGUUUGGUGAAGCACCUGGAGGAGAAGAAGACCUGCCCCACCUGCGACAACAUCAUCCACCAGUCUCAUCCCCUGCAAUACAUCAGCUUCGAUCGCACCAUGCAGGACAUUGUGUACAAACUGGUGCCGAAACUGCAAGAAGAUGAAUCGCGCCGGGAGCGGGACUUCUACAAGAGCAGGAACAUGCCGUGCCCCAAGGACAUAACGCAAAACCACGAAGACGACAACGAGAAGGUGAUGGACGCCCACGCCGAAUCCGACUUCCAUCGCCUGGACGAGCAGGUGAACGUGUGCCUGGAGUGCAUUAGCAAUAACUUCAAGAACCUGCAGAGGCGCUUCAUCCGCUGCAGUUCGCAGGCGACGAUAACGCACCUCAAAAAGCUGGUGGCCAAGAAGAUUCUCAACGGAAUUGAAAAGUACCGAGAGAUCGACAUUCUGUGCAACGAGGAGCUGCUUGGCAAGGAUCACACGCUCAAGUUCGUCUACGUGACGCGCUGGCGUUUUCGAGAUCCACCGCUCCGGCUCCAGUUUCGUCCACGGGUUGAGCUCUAACCACUGUUUUAGUAUAAUGCCACAACAAAUGAUCUAUUUUUAUAAUUUAUUGACAAAGCGUAAAUAUCGUAAUUAGGAGAGAGUCGCUAGUGUUAAUCCCCCUGAAAACCAUGAGUGUAUGUGUAAAUGUGCAUGUAUAAAGUCUUAAAAAUGUGGUUAUCCCUCCUAGGAUUAAGUAAACUUCCCUUCCGAACUCGUGUGUGACCCCUUUUGUUGCCGUCUUCUCGCUGCAUUUGCUCAUGAUUUAAUCAAUAUUCUCAGUUUGCAAUAUUU